GCUCCAGAGUUAAGUUUCUCAUCAGUGUCUUGUGUGUCUUGCUACAAAAAAAAUGAACUCAACUACAUCAAACUAUGACUAUGUUGAUGAGUAUGAAAAUGAAGAUUGUAACGUUACUAACUCCGUAAAAUUCGGUCAAACCUUCAACCCUGUGUUUUUCUCCGUCGUGGUCAUCCUGAGUGUCUUUGGCAACUUGCUGGUCGUCAUCAUUCUGGUCAAAUAUGAAAACCUGAAGUCCAUCACCAACGCUUUUAUUCUCCACCUAGCCAUCUCGGACCUGCUGUUCACGGCCGGUCUGCCCUUUUGGGUUUACUACCACGUGAAGGGCACCUGGCUCCUCGGAGAAGCUGCGUGCAAAUCUGUCAACUUUGUUUUCUACAUUGGUUUUUACAGCAGUGGCUUUCUCCUCAUCCUUAUGACCAUCCACCGCUACAUUGCAGUCGUCAAUCCUCUCUCGGACAUUGUAUCGACUACAGGACUGUACUGUAUUUUAGCUCCUAUUGUUAUCUGGUUGGUCAGUAUUGUUGCCGCCAUCCCAUACUAUAUUUUCACACAGGUAAAUGAUGACAAUUUUUGCGGAUAUAUCGCAAAUUCUGAUAUAAGCUUUUGGGGAAUCUACCAACAAAUUGCCCUGUUCACUUUAACAUCUCUGGUCUUUAUUUUCUGCUAUUCGCAAAUUAUUUGGAGACUGUUGCGCCCAACUGGACAGCGUAGAAAAAGCAAAACCCUUAAAGUCAUUUUUACCCUCAUGGUUGUAUUCUUUCUAGGCUGGGCACCGUACAAUGUCAUACUCUUCCUACAGUCGCAUCCAGAAGUUCGCAAUAAUGACUGUGAAACAUACACCGCACUCGAAUACGCUUUCAAUAUUAGCAGACUAUUAGCAUUCUCCCAUUGCUGCCUCAACCCUGUGUUUUAUGUGUUUGUGGGGGUCAAGUUUAAAAAUCAUUUGAUGAGAUUUGUAAAAGGUUUAGGACACAGCAGCACAAAGCAAACCAGCAGCAGUGUUCGCAGCCGACAGAGCAGAAUGACAAUAACCUCCAUCACCAGCGGAGAAGAGAUGUCACUGUAAACAGAUUUUUGGUUGUAAAUAUUGAAAAUAGCAUUAAACUGUGGCAAAGCAAUGCAUCUAUUUUUGAGAAUCAAUAGUGCCUCUAUUUACUUUUGGCUCUAUUACCUGCUUUAAACCUCUGUGAUCUCAGCAAUGCAUUUGUCAAUAGAAAGUAAUAGUAAUUAAGCAAGUCAUUUGUACUACUGUGAAUUUAAAGAUGUCAGAUUUUUUACUGUCUCAAAUAAUGUGUUCAUAAUUAGAUGUCUUUUAGACCUUAAAGAGCACAUAUUGUACUAUUUUCUGAUCUGUUCUGAAUGUUGUUUCCUCAUCACAAACAUACUUCUCUCAAACAGAAAACACUCUCUUCCACAUUGUGAUGUCAUGUGGUAAAACAGGAAGUGCUCCACUGUGUAUUUUUUGCCUGCUUUUAAACCUUACCUUUUACUGAAGGUAAAAGGGAACUUGAAAACUACCGCUUCAUGACAUCACAAGGUGGAACAGAGCAUUUUGGUCUUGAGAGAUGUAAAGAGACUAAUAAUAAAGGGUUACUCAAACAUGUGUGAAUGAAACAAGACACAGCUCCAGGUAUGUUUUUGAGGAGGUAACAACAUUGCGUAAUAUUUUGCGUAGUAUACCUUUAAGAGCUGCUCACAAUAUGUGUACUGGGCAAGACAUAUUUUGCUAAAUACAUGGGAACAAUCGGGUACUUAUUGUUUGUAUUUAGUCUCUGUAAAUGUAUAGUUUUUGUUUCUUGUGUGUAAAUAAACAAUGCAUUGAGAUGUGAUGU